AUGAAUACUAUUACCGCUUACCUUCCGCAACAGCAACAACAACCACCUCAGAUAUCUCUUCAUUUACAAGGCUUGAAAAGAACAUCAUCAUCAUCAAAAAACAACGAUGAAGCAUUUGAAUACGAUCUAAAUAGCUCGAGAGGAAACAAAAAAACACCUAGAUCGGAAAGUUUUAGCAAUUUGUAUUUGAGAGGAGUAGCGAAACCAAGGACUUCAUCCAACACCAUCACAGGUCAUUUGCAUUAUCACCAUCCUGCGAGAGCGAGAUGUGUCUCAAUUCCCUCGACACCUAUUAUAUAUCCUAAUUUUGAUCUCUCACCCUCCAUUAGCCCAAGCACUCCAACACCAUUCAAUGAAGAUGAUGUAUUUUCCAUGGAAGGAGGAAAUAGUCCUCCCAAAAGAUCUCAUAGCUCUGCAUCCACUCUUAUCAGAAAGAAACAACCUCAUCAACAACAAAGACCAAAAUCAGUUUCCACAAAUCACAAUCCAAAACAAAGAGUUGUCAAACAACCUCUUAAUUUGAAACCUUCCACAAUUCAAAUCCAAUUUUUUCAAGAUAACCUGAGCAAUAACACCCAACCACAUUCGCAGCUCAACAACUCGAGUGCAAAUAAUCGCAGCUCCUCAUCAAUAAUAGGAUUGGAGAAUCAACCAAUAACGAGUAGUGUCUCAUUAGACCAACAUUACCACUGCAACACAUCCAUAGUCACCUUACAUGAUCAUCUCCCAGAUACAAAUCCUAUUCCUUCCAACAGCAGCCGACCUGGAAGUGGGGCAAGCUCCAAAACUGCAAACUCUCUGAACAGCAGUAGAAGAGCCUCUUCAGCCGACUACCGAAGAUCCAGAGACAUUUCUAGAAUUUCAACAGAUGUCGAGGACAUCAGUAAGCCUUCAUCAUGGAAACCAGGAGGGACCAGAUACACUCCAAUUGAAAAAGUGUGCCCCAUCAAGCAAACAGUGCUCACGAAACGAAAGUCCUUGUCACAACUUUCACCAGCCUUAAAAACCCAACUGGAACAAAUUAAAUCAGUACCCUUGUUCGUUUCAGACGACAUUGACACAAAGAAGAGCGUAAAAGAAAGCGUCAGCCCUCUAUUUCUAGAUCGAAUCAUUGAAUCUCUAUUUGCGAAAGAAGAUAAACUGAUAGAAAAGGCACGUAUUUACAAAGAAUUCAAGGAGGGGGAAGAUAAAAUGUCGAGAGCUUCGUCCACCAUUUCGAAUUCAUCUCCUCGAUCUUCCUCUCUCUCAUACAGACAAAGUAUGUACACUAGUAUGACUCACAAAGAUAUGCCCUCUUUCACUGGAGUGAAACAAUCUCAAUUGGCUGAAGAAAAUCCGUUUUUUAUUCCUUUUUCACAUUAUCAGGAUCAUGAUACAAAUAAUGCUGUGACUCCAAAAAAGAAACCUUUAACAGCAUCUAAGGCAAACCGAAGAAGUGGCUCAACAUCAGUCUUGAAAAAGAAAUAA